AUGCAUGAUCUGAUUAAUGAUUUGGCUCAAUCAGUUGCCAAAGAUAUAUGCUUCAGAGUGAAGGGUGACAAGGCAUUGAACGUUUCCAGUCAUGCUCGCCAUUCAUCUUACAUUGGAGGUAGGAAAGACAGAAUUAAAAAGUUCCAAGUCUUUUACGGAAAGAAGGGUUUAAGAACCUUCCUACCGCUGAAGAUGCCUCAAGGGUGGAGGUAUAUCUCUAAUCAAGUUCUCAACUUUAAGAUGGAGGAGAUAACGAAAUCAAUUUUGCGAUCAGUUAGUUCUGAAUCUUCUAAUGCUGGAGAUGAUUUGAAUAAGCUUCAAACAGAAUUGGAGAAGAAGCUGGUGGAGAAAAAACUACUUCUGAUUUUGGAUGAUUUUUGGCUUCAAAACUAUGAUGAUUGGAGUCGUCUAAUAUCCCCUUUUGGCGUAGGAACUACGAUUGUUGUGACAACACGUGAUAAAACUGUUUCAUCAAUGGUGGGUACUAUCCCAGAUUACAAGCUGCCAACGUUGUCAGAUGAUGAUUGCAUUUCUAUAUUAACUCAACAUGCAUUAGGAGCAAAAGAUUUUAGUGGGCAUCCAAACUUGGGAGAAUUUGUUGUACAGAUUGCGAAAAGGUGCAAGGGUUUGCCCUUGGCAGCUAAGACCAUUGGAGGCCUUUUGCGCAAUAAGGUGGACAUUGGUAAAUGGAAAGAGAUACUAAAAAGUGAGAUUUGGAAUUUACCAGAAGAGAGGAGUAACAUAUUUCAAGCUUUACGAUUAAGCUAUCAUCAUCUUCCUGCAGAUCUAAAGCGAUGUUUUGCUUACUGUGCCUUACUCCCCAAAGACUAUGAAUUUACCGAGGAAGAAAUAGUCUUGUUAUGGAUGGCAGAAGGCUUUCUGCGAGUGGAAGCUACAAAGCAAAUGAAGAUUUGGGUCAUGAUUGCCAAAGAUAUAUGCUUCAGAGUGGAGGGUGACAAGGCAUUGAACGUUUCCAGUCAUGCUCGCCAUUCAUCUUACAUUGGUGGUAGGAAAGACAGAAUUAAAAUGUUCCAAGUCUUUUACGGAAAGAAGGGUUUAAGAACCUUCCUACCGUUGAAGAUGCCCGAAGGGUGGAGGUAUAUCUCUAAUCAAGUUCUCAGUGAGUUGUUGCCAGAAUUUAAAUACUUAAGGGUGUUUUCUUUACAAGGGUGCUACCUGACGGAGUUUCCCAAUAUUAUUGGAGAUUUGGUGCAUCUGCGUUAUCUAAAUUUUUCUGGCACUAUAAUCAAAACUCUACCGGAUUCAAUAUGCAAGCUUUACAAUUUAGAGACCUUGCUGUUGCGGGGUGUUCUCGUCUUGAAGAGUUUCCUUCUGAAAUGA